UUUCUGCUCUUUUUCCCGAGACUAUAAAAUCUCCACCCUUGUCUUCACAAAUUCGAAAUCACAGUUGACUCAAUUUCAUUCAUUUGCUCUCUUUAGAUUCGAUUCUCUCACGCAGAAGUUGUACGGAGCAUGGCAGCUAUGAGUAUCACCCAUCAAAUGGGGGCAAUCUCCGGCACGCCGGUCGUGUCGGAGUCUGGUAACGGGACCGCAGAGUCGACGGCGGCUUUGAGUGCAGCGGCGGUGUGGAAGUUGCCGCUUCCGGCCAUACGGUGCAGGGCUGGAGCGGAGAUCGAGGGUCUGUCGCCGCCGGUGAGCCCUUGCCUCUCGCCGGUGAUGGGAGGGAUGAGGGCGGAUCUGUCAGUGGCGUGCCAGGCGUUCGCGACGGAGAUAGAGGCGGCACCGGCGGAGAGGGAGUACAGGGUGGGGGGUACGAAGGCUAAGGGGAAAGGGGUGCCGGUUUACGUGAUGAUGCCUUUGGAUAGUGUGACGAUGGGGAAUGGUGUGAACAGGAGGAAGGCGAUGAAAGCGAGCAUGCAGGCGCUGAAGAGCGCGGGUGUGGAGGGGGUGAUGAUGGACGUGUGGUGGGGACUGGUGGAGAGGGACUCCCCUGGCACCUACAAUUGGGGUGGCUACGCGGAGCUCCUGGAGAUGGCCAAACAGCAUGGGCUUAAAGUUCAGGCGGUCAUGUCCUUCCAUCAAUGUGGUGGAAACGUCGGUGACUCCUGCACGAUCCCUUUACCUAACUGGGUUGUGGAAGAGAUCAACAAAGAUCCGGACCUUGCAUACACUGAUCAAUGGGGGAGGAGAAAUUAUGAAUAUGUGUCCCUUGGGUCUGAUACUCUUCCAGUCCUCAAGGGGCGAACACCCGUCCAGUGUUAUGCUGACUUCAUGCGUGCAUUCAAGGACAACUUCAAGCAUCUUCUUGGUGACACCAUUGUGGAAAUCCAGGUGGGGAUGGGACCAGCAGGUGAGUUCCGCUACCCUUCAUAUCCAGAGCAAGAUGGGACAUGGAAAUUCCCAGGCAUUGGAGCCUUCCAGUGUUAUGACAAGUAUAUGCUCAGUAGCUUGAAAGCUGCUGCAGAAGCUGCUGGCAAACCAGAAUGGGGUAGCACCGGUCCCACAGAUGCUGGCCACUACAACAACUGGCCAGAAGAUGCACGGUUUUUCCGCCGAGAAGGAGGGGGUUGGACCAGUCCUUAUGGUGAAUUCUUUCUUAACUGGUAUUCUCAGAUGCUUCUAGACCAUGGUGAGAGAAUACUGUCAUCAGCCAAGUCCAUCUUUCAGGACAUGGGAGUUAAGAUCUCAGUCAAGGUUUCAGGUAUUCACUGGCACUAUGGGACACAGUCCCAUGCUCCAGAGCUCACGGCAGGGUACUAUAACACACGGUUCCGAGAUGGAUACAUUCCUAUUGCUCAAAUGUUAGCACGCCAUGGUGCCAUACUCAACUUCACCUGCAUAGAGAUGCGUGAUCAUGAGCAGCCACAGGAUGCUCUUUGUGCACCCGAGAAGCUUGUGAGGCAAGUUGCUUUAGCAACUCGGGAAGCUCAAGUCCCACUUGCUGGGGAAAAUGCAUUGCCUCGAUAUGAUGAGACUGCACAUGAGCAGAUAUUGGGAGCAUCAUCCUUGAAUAUUGACGGUGAAGAAAGUGAUAUGUGUGCUUUUACAUACUUGAGAAUGAAUCCAGACUUGUUCCAGCCAGACAACUGGAGAAGGUUUGUUGCAUUUGUGAAAAAGAUGAAGGAAGGGAAGGAUUCACACAAGUGUCGGGAACUAGUGGAGCGGGAAGCAGAGCACUCUGUACAUGUGACUCGGCCACUGGUUCAGGAGGCUGCUGUUGCUCUUAUGCACUGAAAGCUCAAGCUAGGUUUUCUUCUGUGCCUGCUUGGACAGUCUUCUUGUUGCAAAGUGUUGUGUAUGCAACACAAAUAUUUGGAUUCCUUGCCACUUUUCACACUUUCCUAACAUUGUUGUUGUGGAAAUGGGCAAUUUGCAAUUUUAUUAUAUAGAUAUGGGCAUCAGCUGUUUUAAUGCCUGAGCCCUUUUCCUGUGCUGGAUAUGAUGAUAAUAUAAACUAGAUUUCUCUCUUCUCCUCAAA